AUGCCAGAUGUCACCGAAACAGACCUAACCGUGGUAGCCCCGAAUGAAACCUCUGUCGGAUGCCCUCAGAUUUCUCCUUUGUUCCCGAAAACACACGCUGACUUGGAUGCCACUCUCGAUUCCUUGUACCGGUCCGAUACGUUCAAGCUCGGAGCGUACGAACUGCUGGGUGGCGCCAUAAACACAUAUGGUUUGGUACUUCACUGGCAAGGAUCAGAGAGCCACCUCAAACCCAUUCUAAUCGCCGCACAUCAAGAUGUUGUCCCUGUUAAUCCCACGAGUGUAGACCAAUUGACUCACCCCCCAUAUUCAGGACACUUUGACGGCACUUGGAUCUGGGGACGAGGGUCUGCAGAUGACAAGGCCGAUUUUGUUUCUCAACUGCACGUUCUACCAAAUAUUUCAGUUGAACAACUUCUUGCCGCAGGGUUCAAGCCGCAACGUACGGUCGUGUUUGCUUAUGGCAUAGAUGAAGAGGCUUCCGGCACCGAGGGCGCUGGUAGUUUAGCGGUUUAUCUAGAAUCAACCUACGGGGCGGACGGGUUUGCAAUGUUGGUAGACGAAGGGGGUAAGGACGUUAAGGAUGCCGUGAUUUUUGCACUUUCCGGUGUGUCAGAGAAAGGCUACUUCGACGCGCUGAUUGAAGUCUUCACAUCGGGAGAACAUCCCAGCAUACCACCUGUUCAUACGAGCAUCGGUAUUCUGUCACUGAUGAUUGUGGAAAUCGAGAAGAACGCAUUUCAGCCAGAGUUCUCGCGCUCAGGAACAGGGUUUGCGAGCGCACAAUGCGCUGCUAUGUAUGACCCAAAAUUUACUCCCUCACUAAGGGCCCUAGCUAGGAAGGCUCUUACCGAUGAUCAGGCAUUAGAAGAAUUCAAGAGGGCCCUGAUUUCGUUGAAUCCGAUAGUAGGUGUGAUGCUGAAGACUACCCAGGCGGUGGACCUGAUACAAGGUGGUGUUAAAGUCAACGCGCUUCCUGAGAAGGCGCCCGCGGUUAUUAAUCACAGAAUUGCGGAACAUAGUUCUACUGAGGAAGUACAGCAGCAUAUUAUGGAGCUCCUUACACCCAUAGCUGCUGAGUAUAAUCUAUCGAUCGAUGCCUUCGGAAAGGCGCUGGAUAUGGGUGGCGUGAAGGGUGGGAAAGUGGUGUUGUCGGAUGCCUUUGGGUCCGCAUUACAACCGUCCCCCGUGUCUCCUUUAGAUCUUAAGGGGCCGUAUGGAAUGCUUUCUGGAACUAUCAAGGCUACGCUUCAGUCUUCUGACCGAUAUGAAGCUUCGGGAGUCGUAAUCAUGCCGUCCCUGGGCUUGGACACGCAAUUCUACUGGAAUUUAACUAGGCAUAUUUUCAGGUAUUCUCACCGGAGUACCGAUGACCUGUACAAUGGCUUGCACACAGUUGAUGAAGCCGUUCGUGGAGAAUCCAUCAUUGAACAAAUUCGUUUCUUCACCAAACUCAUCCUGAACGGUGAUGAAACCUACUGUGUGGCGCGUCUGGGUGCUUUGCGUCGACCACAAGGAGGUUCCGGGUCGGUGCCUUGGUGUGAUUUGAAUAAAUUCGGAGCUGUUACGCUUCGUGGAUAUAUCCUACCGCCACAACAGAGAUUCCGAAUAUGCAGGAGUGCGCAUGUCGUAGGAUACGGAUUCUACGCCUCUAUUUUGCCAGUAAUGGUCUUGUGGCUGAGGGAAAACCGAGGUGGCGUUAGCGUUGGCUCCGGUCGGCCCGUCAGAACAUUACCUCAUCAGUCCCGAUGA